GAGUCUUUGCAACGACAAUCAGAACGCGACACAAAGCUAUCAACUAAUAACAAAUUUUGUCAAAAUGCAGAAAAUCGUACUAUUUGCCGGUCUCAUCUGUGCGUUUUGCCUUUUCAAUGCUAACCAAGCUGCUCCUGCUGACACAGCUGCCCUCGAAGCGGCAGCUGACCAACUGGCCCUGCUGGAGCAGGUUCCUGCUUUGGAGCUGAGUCGUGAUAAACGUGCCACAUGUGAUCUUCUAAGCGGUUUUGGACUUAAACACACUGCAUGUGCAGGACAUUGUUUAGUUCGUGGCAAUCGAGGCGGUUAUUGUAAUGGACGUGGCGUGUGUGUGUGUCGCAAUUGAGAGUAUGCCGCUGGAAGCUGGCGCUUUUAAAUAGAGUUUGUGGUAAAUUUAGGAUUUACAUAUGGUCAGUUAAUAACUCACCAUUUUAAAAUAAAAACAGUAAUUAUAAGAAUAAAAGAAACUAGAAAAA